AUGGGAAUCGGUAUAUGGGGCGAGAAGGAUUUACCAGUCAGCUGCCAAGAGCCGGAGAGAGCGAGGCAAGGCAACCAACCGUCGCAGGCCGUGGUCGGGGGCCAGGGGACGGGGCAAGAUGUGACCGGGGAAGGGGCGCCAAAGGAGUGUACAAACUUCAAGCUUUCCAUCGGCAAGUCCACCAACUAUUUCUACACAUGUUGUGGGCAGCUGAAGGUUGACAACCCCCCGAGUGCAACUGAGGAAAUGGUGGCAAACUGGGACUGUAACCCACCACGAAUUGGAUGGGCGACAUUUAACGAGACGGAGCGGUAUAACUGCAACAGUGAAAUAGGACAAAAGACGGCCAGAGAAAUGUGUAACGCCCGAUGGGGUUGGAUAGCCGCCGAGGAGUGUUGGGCUUGGACGGCAUGCUUUGCUGGUGUGUGCAUAAAAGAGGAAACGGACCCCGGGUACCUAUCGGAAGGGUUUUGCGGUGACGGACGUUGUGAUUCGACCGAGAGCACCGACUCAUGUCCGUCCGACUGUUGCCCCCAAAAGAACCCGGAAAAAUGCCUCAUGCGAAACAGCACGUGUACCCCGGCCUGCUGCUCUGAGACGGCGUGCUGUGCCAGCUCUACAGAGGAGUUCUUCAAUACCUUUUGGAUCAUUGUUUUCAGUGUAAUCGGAGGAGUAUUCCUACUCAUCAAUUUCUGCUGUUGCUGUUGUUGUUGGUGUUGCUUCAGGAGAUGCAAGAAUGUGCAGAGAAAAGAGAAACAUCCACCUAGGGUAGACCGUCAAGACACCACGAUGACGGUGUUAUCCAUGUAACGCUUUCCAUCCAUUACGGCAGUGUGUCAUCAUGACGGCAUAUGACGUUGAUUGUAUCGAGCCGGCAUCUUUUUGUUUAAUCUGCGGGCAACAACUCGUGCGCGGGAACGAUGUGAAGAAACACUUAAAAUUCCCGCGUAAAACCAAGGCAGACAAAGACAGUCAUUUCUGAGACAAAGACAGUCAUUUGCCACAGAUUUACGUCGCAGGUUCAGAACAUUGGUUGGUGUUCUUGCUUGUUGCAAUAUGCCAUCUUGGUUGGUUCCCCGUUCACAGCAAUGUGAACCAAACCAAUACAGUGAGGGGAAUAAUAGUCAGGUACCUCGAUCCCCCAUUGAAUGUCGGUAUUCAUCGAUUACUAGUGUACAUUACAGUGUUGUAACCAAGUCAUUAAUUCUCAAGUAAAGUUAGGUCACAAGUCACUUUUGUGCAAGACAAGCCAAGCCUCAAGUAGUUUUCCCUCAAGUCAAGUACAGUCAAGAAUUACGUCAUUUUCCCUCAAAUCAAGUCACAAGACACACCCCCCCCCCAAGUAAGUCACAAG